CAUUAAAGAUUGGAAAACGAGACUGAGCUACUUCCUGCAGAACUCUUCCAAUUCUACUAAAAUGAAGCCCAAGAAAGUGGGGAAACACCGCACCUACUUCAGACCUUCCCCUGAAGAAGCCCAGCUGUGGUCAGAAGCUUUCGAUGAACUUCUUGCUAACAAAUAUGGUCUUGCUGCUUUCCGAGCUUUUCUGAAGUCUGAGUUCUGUGAAGAGAAUAUUGAGUUCUGGUUGGCCUGUGAGGACUUCAAGAAAACCAAGUCACCCCAGAAGCUGACAUCAAAAGCAAAAAAAAUCUACAAUGACUUCAUUGAAAAGGAAGCUCCCAAAGAGAUAAAUAUAGACUUCCAAACCAAGAAUAUGAUUGCUCAGAAUAUUCAAGAAGCCACACAUACCUGCUUCAGUGCAGCGCAGAAGAGAGUUUACAGCUUAAUGGAGAAUAACUCAUACCCACGGUUUUUGGAAUCUGAAUUCUAUCAGGAGCUGUGCAAGAAGACCCACAUCACCGGAACAGCCCAGGGAACAUGA